CGUAUCGCCGAACGCGAUCCGGGACGUACUCUCUCAAUUCAUCCGCUGAAGACGAGCAUGCCGCGGCGAGACACAGGAGCAUGCUCGAUUUGACGUCUCUAGCUGGUCCAUCGAGUGCUCAGAUGGUACCGGCUGUAUCGGGAUCCGAUGCCAUGGUAUCCCCUACAGACUUUGCCGAUAUGGCGAGUCCGGAAGAACUGGCAGAACUUGCGAGGUUGGAGAGGGGUGGCCGACCCAUGCGGAAGGAAAGACGCAAAUUGCAGAACCGUCUUGCUCAGCGAGCUUUCAGAGCUAGGUCGCGGGUGUUGAGGAAGGAUGCCGCAAGUCAUCUGGCCGACGUGGAAGAGAGGAAUGCCAGUCAGCAGUCCGAGUUGGAGCGACUACAUCGUAUGGUCGACCAGCUUGAACAAGAGAAUAAGAGUUUGAAGCGGCAGUGGCAAUCGUCUUAGAGAGGGUGUGCUGUUGGGGGGCCGAGUAUCACGACGGUUCAUUUUGCCCUGCGAAUAGGCUGUCGUGACUUGUUCGAAAACGGACACACAGUGUGGACAAUUGGUGAGAAGGUGGUCAACCCGAGGGGAAUCUGUGUGUGCUGUAUUGUGUGACAUAUUGAGGAAGCAAGGGGAAAAGACGGAUUAGCGGGGAGAGGAUAAGGCACGCGGACGACACUCUUCCG